AUGGCACAAAAAGCAGCUCGCGACUGGGUAUACCUGGUCAUAAUCUCACUCCAACUCAUCGGCAUGAUCUGUCUUGAAUUCACUGAAUUCUACCCUGACUCAAUCUAUUCUGCACCCAAUGCCCCUCUCCACUUUCUAGCCAACGUCAAAGAACAAUACCUCUCCUUCUCGGGAGAUCCCUUCUUCGGGGACAAGUUCCACGGAGCCUGGUUCCGCAGCAUGUUCUUCAUCGAGAUCUUUGUCCAAUUCCCUCUGGCUAUUUACAUCGUGCGGAAUCUCGCUGCGAAAAAGCCUUCGUCUGGACCUGUUGAACUCGCUGGUCUGGCGUAUGGUUGCUUGACUGCUAUGAGCUCUGUGGCUUGUGUUGCUGAGCUGUUGGAAAUGGGGCCCGAGUUGGUGAGCGAGGAGCAUAAGAGGAAUUUGGUUUGGGGGACGUAUUUCCCUUAUGCGCUUAUUCCUGGUGCUAUGGCCGUUGAUAUGUACACACGAUUGUUGCGCCGUGUAAGCACUGAUAUCAAGCCCAAGACACAGUAG